AUGGGGGGGCCCCCUGGACCGGCCCCGGCCGCAGAGGCGCCUGCACCGCAGCCGGAAGCGCACACCGUGGAGCCCAGCUCGGUGAGCGCAAAGCGAGGGCGAGAGGACAGCAGAGCUGAUCGCCUCUCAUUCUGUACAAAAGUGUGCUAUGGUAUUGGUGGGGUCCCCAACCAGGUGGCCUCCAGCGCCACAGCCUUUUACCUGCAACUCUUCCUGCUUGAUGUGGCACAGAUCCCUGCUGCUCAGGUGUCACUUGUCCUGGUUGGAGGGAAGGUGUCUGGGGCAGCUGCUGACCCUGUGGCUGGAUUCUUCAUCAACAGAAGCAGGAGGACAGGGUCUGGACGGCUCAUGCCCUGGGUGCUGGGCUGCGUGCCCUUCAUCGCCUUGGCCUACUUCUUCCUCUGGUUCCUGCCCCCAUUCAGCAGCCUGCGGGGCCUCUGGUACACCGCCUUCUACUGCCUGUUCCAGGCCCUGGCCACGUUCCUCCAGGUGCCCUACACGGCGCUCACCAUGCUCCUGACCCCCAGCGCGAGGGAGCGCGACUCGGCCACGGCCUACCGGAUGACCAUGGAGAUGGCGGGGACGCUGAUGGGAGCCACAGUCCACGGGCUCAUUGUGUCCGGCGCCCACCGGCCCCACAGAUGCGAGGAGGCCACGUUCCCCCGGCUGGAGGCCGUCUCCGCCGACGCGAUUCGUCUCUACUCCAUUGCAGCUGCCGUGGUUGCUGUGACUUAUCCUGUGUGCAGUACUUUGCUCUGCCUAGGGGUGAAGGAGCGGCCAGACCCCUCUGACCCAGACUCAGGCCAAGGCUUGAGCUUCCUGGCUGGGCUGGGCCUCACUGCCCGGCACCCGCCCUACUUGAAGCUGGUGGUCUCCUUCCUGUUCAUCUCAGCGGCUGUUCAGGUGGAGCAGAGCUACCUGGUCCUGUUCUGUACGCAUGCCUCCCGGCUACAUGACCACGUCCAGGGCCUGGUGCUGACCAUCCUGGUCUCAGCUGUGCUAAGCACCCCGCUGUGGGAGUGCAUUCUCCAGAGAUUUGGGAAGAGGACGUCAGCCUUUGGGAUCUGUGUGAUGGUGCCUUUUGCGAUCUUGCUGGCUGCUGUGCCCACGGCCCCUGUGGCUUAUGUCGUGGCCUUUGUUUCUGGUGUGAGCACUGCUGUGUCCUUGCUGCUGCCCUGGUCCAUGCUGCCAGACUUGGUGGAUGACUUCCAGCGGCAGCACCAGCUCGGCCCAGGCCUGGAGACCAUCUUCUACUCAUCCUACGUCUUCUUCACCAAGCUUGCAGGCGCAGGCGCCCUGGGCAUCUCCACCCUCAGUCUGGAGUUUGCAGGGUACAAGGCUGGAGGCUGCCAGCAGGUAGAGGAGGUGGUGGUUACCCUCAAGGUGCUCAUCGGUGCUGUGCCCACCUGCAUGAUCCUUACUGGUCUGUGCAUCCUCAUGGUUGGCCCAAAGGUGCCAAGCCAGGACACCUCCUGCCAGCUGAGCCUUCAGAGGAGGACCAGCUACAGCCUUGCUUAAAGUCUGAGAUGACUUCUGUGAGCCGGAAUGGCAGGAGCCAGUGUCUUCUGGGCCUGAAGUCUCUUUCUCCUCAGCCCUUCAGCACCCCUACCAUGCAGUUUAGCACACGACCUUUUCCCCUGGGAUGUAAAGUCUUCAGUGACAUCUCCUUAAGGGCCUGGCCUGGGCUCCAGGACUCCUAGCUGACAUUUCUGGCCUAUUGACCGCAGACCAUCUCAGACAGGCCUGUGCCCCUGACUACCCCAGCUCUAGGCCUCCUUUGACCUGGAAAGCAUCCCACUAGCAACUAUUUCAGGGAGAAGGAAGCCCUUAUGCAGCCUGGCCAGUAGACUUCCUGUGAGAGCACCAGGCCCAGCCACCUGCUUAGACGGGAAUGCUCCCCUGACAAAUGCAGACCUCUUGUUUGUGCUGACGCUCCAGUGGACAACUGCUGAAGACAGAGUUGGCUGAGAGACACCACCUGAAUGCGCAGCAUGGGGACAGAUGGACAUGCUGCAGAUAACAAUCAGAGAGACACAGACAAGAUCCAGUGAGAAUGACAUACCCUGGAGAGAAUGGGGACAGCCGUGCAGAUGAGGAGACUGAGUAGGGCCGGGCGCUGGAGGCGCUUCUCAAGCCCUUCUCUCUGUUCGUAGGAAUUGGUGACACGUUUCCAUCUGUGGACAGAGACUGCUAUCGAGCCACCAAAGGUCAAUCAUUUUAUAAACAAAAGCUAUUUGUGUGGAAAUACUUCUCUGAAAUUUUAUCUUAUAAAAGCACAAGAACUACAA